AUGGUCCGAAUCUUUAUUACCGGCUCAACAGACGGCAUCGGCCAAGCUGCUGCCAAGCUGCUCCUCGACCAAGGCCACGAAGUAACCCUACACGCACGCAACGCCCAACGCGCAGCAGACGCACAAGCAGCCCUCCCAAAAGCCGCCGGCGUGCUAGUCGGCGAUCUGAAAUCGAUCAGCGAAACAAAGAAGCUCGCGCAAGAAGCCAACGCGGCCGGGCCGUUCGACGCCAUCGUGCACAAUGCGGGCAUCGGCUACGGCUCGACCUCCUCAAAGGAGACAACGUCGGAUGGGAUUUCUGCGGUUUUCGCGGUGAAUACGCUCGCACCGUAUAUCCUGACUUGUCUGAUGGAUAAGCCGACGACGAGGCUUCUUUUCAUGAGUUCUGAUAGUCACUGGGGCGGAGAUGGGUCGUUGCGGAAUGCGGCGCAGUCGCAUUCGUAUGGGAAUAGCAAGUUGCAUGAUGUUAUGCUUGCGAAGGCUUUUGCGAGGAGGUGGGAUGAUAUACAGGUUAUUAGUAUGCAUCCUGGGUGGGUGAGGACUAAGAUGGGGGGUAUGGCGGCGCCGGGGAGCGUGAGUUCUUCGGCAAAGGCGCUGGCUGGUUGGGCUAGUGGGGAGAAUUCGUUGGCGAAGGUUGACAGUGGUGCAUUUGUGACGCAGGGGGUUCUUGAAAAGCAGGAGGAGCUUAUGGGUCUUUGCAAGCAGAUUUCUGGGGUGUCUGUGCCGGGCGAGAAAUGA